AUGGAGUAUCUUCAUUCAUCAUCGCUACCAGUAAGCAAAUCUGAAAUUCAAAUUUUUGCUAUUCCUCCAACACAAACUGCUAUUGAAUCUACUUAUGAAGUAGAGUAUAGACCGGGUGCAAGUUUAGAGCAAGCAACUAGCUAUGAGAUUGAUAUUCCUGCAAGUGAAGAUUUCACUGAUUUAGCAUCAACAUACGUUCAUUUAUUGGUUAAUACUACUAAUGGAGAUGGAACAGCUCUCGCAGCAGAUAAAAAAGUUUCAACAAUUGAAAAUUUUGGAAAUGCACUCUUCAAUCAAAUUGACAUGAUUCUUGGCUCAAUCAAUACUAUCAAAGCAAAUAACACUUAUCCUUAUCUAUCAUAUAUCGAAGAUAGACUGUUUAAACAUCGAAAUAAUUCUGAUAUUGGAUCAGAAGGUUACACGGAUCAGGAUCCUAGACCUUGUGAUAUGUACUUUAGACUUCAUCUGCCUAUGUGUACUCAAGAUAAACUAUUGAUUAAUGGAGUGCCCCUGAGAUUCAAGUUCAGUAAAUCGUUGGAAGAUUUUGUACUUAUGAAAAGAACUGAUGAUGGACCCUUUAAAGUGAAAUUUGAUAAAUUUUCAAUAUUCAUCAAGCGAGUAAAGCUUUUUCCGGAAGCACAAAAAAGUAUUAUUAUGGGUCUUGAAAAAGGUCCUGCUAAAUAUUUUAUUACUCGAAAUGAGGUUAAAACAUAUUCAAUUUCUGCUGAUCAAACUUCUGUUGCUAUUGAAAACGUUUAUUCUGGAUCAUUACCUAAAAGAGUACUUGUUGGUUUGGUUGAUGAUAAAGCAUUUACCGGUUCCUUAGCAUCAAAUCCGUAUGAAUUUAAAAAUUUCGGAGUGAAUUACAUUGCAUUAUCUAUGGAUGGAAUUAUGAUACCAAGUAUACCCUAUCAACCUAAUUUCUCUCAAGGACAAUGCAUGCGUGAAUUUAUGUGUUUAUACCGAUACUUUAAUCAAGAUGAAGGUCUACCUCAAAUUGAUAUAAGUUAUGCGGAUUUUAAAAAAGACAAAACAUUCUUUGCUUUUGAUCUAACCCCUGAUGGUACAAUCGGAGCUGAAACUGGAACCUUAUCACUUGUAAAGAGAGGACAUAUAAGAUUGGAUUUGAAAUUUGCUCAGAAACUAUCCUCAUCAAUCAAGGUUAUCGUUUUUGCUCAAUUUGAUAAUCUGAUUACAAUAGACAGUGAUAGAAAAGUUUUCAUUGAUUAUUAA